AUGGGCAUCCUUGCGGGUGUCGGCCUCGAGGUUGAAGUGUUAGUUAACCACGCCGCAGCAGAAGAGUAUCCGUGCCGGCAGGCCAAUUCUAAUGAGAGCCCGGAGACCACCGCCGUAUACCGGCGUUACAUUCAGUCCCGGGAGAACGCCGUCUUCGCUUUCCGUUGUGGUGUCAGGGCUGGCGAGUCACCGGCCAGGGAUUGGAUCAACGGCCCAUCGAAUGCCAUUCUUUUCGAAGUCAAUAUUGAUAACCGCCAGGGACUCGAAUCUUUGAAACAGCACGUGGAGGCUGGGGCGCCGUCGGUGACCAUCGGGGCCUUGCUAGACAGAGCGAACGAUGAGCAGCGGGAGUUCCGUUUCGCUUCCAUACCAACGGUCGAGGACAGCUCCAAGGAACGAUGGACCCGAGAUCUCAACCUUGCCAGGCUUAUGGGGACUUUCCGGAUCCGAGCCUGGCGUGUCACACGAGCUGGGAUAGUCAAGAAGAAGCCGAGGCCGCGACCUUCCAAAGCAUCCCAACUCGAGUUCGAUGUGCCGCUGUCGGAGAAGGCGCUCACCAAGCUGAGGGAAGAUGAAGGGAAGAUGAUCUCCCACACAGUCAAGUAA